UAAUAUACAUCAAAAACAAACAUUUUCCUUUUUUGUUACUAAACAAUACAUUAUUUAAUAAUUUAAAAAGAGCCAAUAAUUUUAAUAGAUUUUGUUUUUUAAGCGUAUGAGGUUUCUUUUUUUUCAACGCGAGCGGCUCGUCGAGCCCGACCGUUGAAACUUGAAACCAUGACGCGAACCUACGAAUCCUCUGUUUACCUCCUGUCUUGUUGAAACUUGAAAGGGAAUAACGGUCGGCUCCGACCGCUUUCAGAGAUCCCGCACACAAUUCGCCAGUUUUAACAUUCAACUAAUGCUAUUUAUUCGGAAUCAGAAAUGGAUGUGCCAAAAGAAUAUACGGAACUACUUGCAAUCUUUGACUCAAUCACAAUUUAUGCAAACACUGUUAUCGAAGCGUGCUCAAGAGUUACAAAAUCACACAUAGACUUGGCGAAAUGUUUUGAGGAAACGAGAAAAAAAUGGAAAAAAUGUGUUGAAGAAAAUGGAACUCUUUUAAUGCAGCUGAAAGAUAAUGCGAGACAGAUAACAGAACUAGAAAAAAACGCACAGACAGCGAGGAGAUUGUUAGAUGAAGAGAAAUUAAAAACCAAGAAGGCGACAAAAGAAAGAGACUUCUUUGAGAGUCAACUUGAUUUAUUCAGAGAAAUUUUAAAAAAUGAUAAAGACAUUCAAGAAGACACUAAAGUUAAACUCAGUCUUGUUAAAAACUGGACAGACCGGGACAAUGAUCGUUUGGACACAAUUACUGAAAUGGAGACGACAGGUUCAGUAUUAGACGAUUUGAGCUAUACGAGGGAUGAUGAUUCGUUCAAUACUUCUGAAAACGAAGGUCGUGGUGCAAAGAGGCAGUAUAUCACUGAUGAAAAUGUCAAACCAACUAAAAAGAGGAAGUCCAUGUCUAUUAAAAAGAUUGAAAUUGGAAAAGGAGAAAACGUAGAAAAAGUCAUCGCCACAACAACGGUCACUGUAAAGCAUAACGGCCCUGUGUCAGCUACUUCCGUAGUUGAGACCGUACCUUCAUGUUUCCAAAGUCUUGGAACACCAAAACUGCCCAAAACAGAAUCGGAAUCAAGUUUGAACAAUGAAAUAUUCAGAACUCCAAGCGCCGAUAAGCUGCCGUGCACUCCUUUUGGAAUCAACUCCAUCAAUACACGUCCACAUCGGUUCAAUUUUAAACCGAUGAUAAAAGGCGAAAUUUGUAAUGUCUGCAAUCGUAGAAUUAAGUUUUCAUCUUCUGGUGCUAAGUGUAAAGAUUGUAAAACCGUAUGUCAUGCAACUUGUAAAGAUAAAGUCCCGCUUCCUUGUGUUCCAGCGACUACAACACCGAGCAAAAAUAAUGGGGUUGGAACAAUAGCAGAUUUCACACCGAAGAGUGCACCGAUGGUGCCAGCUCUUGUUGUGCAUUGUAUAAAGGAGAUUGAAGCUAGAGGUCUGAAUGAAAUCGGACUUUACAGGAUCCCAGGCUCUGACAAGGAAGUAAAAGCUUUAAAGGAGAGAUUCAUUAAAGGGAAAGGAAUUCCUAACCUUUCUCAGGUUCCUGAUGUCCAUACGAUCUGCGGUUGUCUCAAAGAGUUCCUAAGAUCCCUCAAAGAGCCGUUGAUCACACAGAUAAGGUGGGAUGAAUUCGCCAGAGCAACGGAAGUUACGGACGAAGAAGAUCGGAGGGCCCGACUCUUCCAGAUCGUGUCACAGUUACCACAGCCGAACAGGGACACUUUGGCAUAUAUAAUUCUACACUUGCAAAAGGUGGCGGAAUCUCCAGACUGUAAAAUGCCUGUUAGCAACUUGUCAAAAAUGUUUGGCCCAACAAUAAUUGGCUAUUCGAGGAAUGAGCCUGACAACUUAUUUGCUGAAACUAACUUGGGUAACAAAGUUAUGAGCGAGUUAAUUUCCAUACCUUCAGAGUACUGGGAGUCUUUUAUGAAAGACCACGACUUGGUGCCAAGUGAAAAUGAAAUGCACAAAACCCCAUCUGCGAAUAGCCUACUAAAUUUUUUCCAGACUCCUGGACGGCAGAAUUUCAGGACUGUGCGGAAAAUGAGGUAUUUUGAAUCUCCUUGAAACUUCAAACAUAUUUAAAGAUUUUAUUGGCCUCUAAAAGUAAUGGAAACUAGCUGGCUCCUCUUAGAGAUCCCUUCAAUUCCACAUCACUUAUAUUUUCAUCACUUAAAUUUUACAUUAUUAUGUACUUGAAAGAAAAAAUUAAAGUACCCCCCAUGACACUUUCUUGAUCUAUUUUCAUGUAAAAUAUUUCUAGUCUUAUUAAUCUCAAUACUCAACAUUGGAAUCUUUUGAAGCUCUCUUGCAAAUUUUAGAAUUUAAGUUACUGUUAGAAAGAAAUAGUUCAGAAUUUGUAUAUGUCGCAUUAGUUAAACUGUACUUUUAAUUUUAACAAUUGUUUUUAACUAAUUUUUUUUGAUAUUUUAUUUGCAUCACUUGGUUAAUACCAUUAUAAAUAAUGCUCUCUAUGUUUAUUGUAAUUGUAUUGUACCUAAUAUCUAUGCAUCAACUAAUCAUUUUGUUUUCGCAUGAUAACAUCAUGUUUUAUGUUAUACACUGUUUGUUCUAGCUACCAUUUACAUAAUAUUAAUCCAGUUUUUAUAUUAAACCUUAUUUACUUUUUAACAUCACUAUCUGAUGCUCUCUAUAGUAAUGAAUGUGAUUAUGUAAUAUAAUGUUAAUGGCCCCAAUAAAUUUUAUUUUUACCUUU